CUCGAACAGUGGGAGAGACAGGGCUGUCACGUCGCAACACCGCGCACAGGAAAUAAACAAUAAAUUAUCUGUCAGAUUAAUAGUUAGUACGAGAUAGCUUCCUUGCUGCAACAACUUUGAUGACCUGGUAAAACCUUGAGAAUGUUUUAAAAAUAUAUUGUUGCUUCUGCAAAUUGCAGAAAGCAUAGGUAACUAAAAAAUAACAUGCUCACAAGAUUUCGCAGAGGACUUGCUUUUACAGCUGUGUGCUGUAUGACAUUGCUAUAUUUUAUUUGCCUAACAGAUGACUGCUGGAAGCGAAAACAUAAAAGUGUCCUACCACACACUAAUCAGAACUUAGAAGAGGUUAAAGACAUAAAGAAUUAUUCAGAUUUUAAUUCUGUAUAUAUGACAAAACAGAAAAAGAAUACAAGAAGGAAGAAUAGUCGUCGAAAAAUAAACAAACAUCCAUAUUUACAACCAGAUUUCUCGAAAUUAGACACUUUUCUUUUAUUUAUUGGUUACCCAAGAAGCGGUUCUACUUUGAUUGGCUCGUUACUAGAUGCGCAUCCGAAUAUCAUCAUUGCAAAUGAACACAAUGUCAUUACCAGAUGGAAAAACUUCACAAGAGAACAACAAACAAAGGAACAUGUUUGUACUGAACUUUAUAACAACUCAGUAAAAGAAUCUUUAAAAGAACAACGCGCCGUUUUUAAAAAGUAUUUCUUUCAUUAUCAUGUUCCUGGUUUAUGGCAAGGAAAAUUUGAUGGUCAGAUUAAAGUUAUAGGUGACAAGAAAAGUACAUCCACUUCUCGAUCACUGUCAAAUAAACGAAGCAAUGAACGAUUUCUAGCAAUGAAGAAUGUGUUGAAUAUACCAGUAAAGUUUAUUCAUUUAAUACGCAAUCCUUUUGAUAACAUAGCAACCAUGGUGUUGCGUGCUGCUCAUUCUGGAUUGCGAAUGAAAGCAGUGGAAAGUGGUUUACAGUUGAACAGUCCGACCGUUCUACAUAAACAAAUGAAAACCUAUCUAAGUCUGGUUGAUACAAACGCCAAGCUACGUAACCGGUUUGGCGAGAAUGUUCUUGAUGUACACUAUUCAAGUUUUAUACGGCAGCCGAAAAUUUGGUUGAAAACAAUUUGCGACUUUUUGGAGGUACAUUGUAGCGAUUAUUAUUUAGAUAGGAGUGUUAGUAUCAUCUUCAAAAAUGAAACAUACACAAGACGCCAUAUUGUUUGGCCUGAUGAUGUCAAGCAGAAAAUUUUAGACAAAAUUAAAUCCACUGAUUUUUUGAAUGGGUUAAAGUUUGAAAUUUCGUGACGUGUUUUUCACUUAGGAGUAAUAAUGAAAAAAAAAAAUAAAAAAAUAUAUGCAUUAAUGGUGUUAGUUUUCGCAGCCAUAUAUUUUUGCGGCUUUAGGCUAAAUUUGCGAAAUUAUGUACCUGCGAAAAAAACGUCUCAGAUUAAAAACAGAGAGCAAAUUCAUCGAUACAGGCGAAAACUGAAUUCUCAGGAAAUGUGAAUUUUUUCUAAUUUUUGUUUCAGAUUUUCCAGUACUUUUCCUACGAUACGAAAUGCUGUCUAAUUCUAUUUUCGCGAAAUUUGCGAAAUAAGACUUUGCUAAAGUUGUUUCCGCAAAAAAAAUUUUUUUUAACAUUACUAAAAAAUAUCUCUCAAAAAUUAGGUUCCGCCAAAAAAAGAUUCCCUUUAUGUAACAAAAGAGAAAAAAAUAGCGCUUUUGCAUUAUUAAGAAAAAUAUUCUUAGAUUUAUGUGUCAAUUUGUGAUUUCAGAAAUUCUUAAUUUUGUGUAGUAUAUAAUCCAUGCAUGUGCUAAAAUUAUAAAUAGGAAGAACCAUUAUAUAUUGUACAUAACGUAUAAAUAUAUACAUAUAUAUAUAUAUAUAUAUAUCUCACAAAUUUAUAUGCCUAUACAAUUUAAAAUUUUUCUUUUAAUAUGUAUGUACUCAAUGGUGCUUCGUUUUUCUGCGCCCCAGAAAUGGCGCUAUUUUGCUGCGAGAAGGGGCGUUACUUUCGUAACCAGCAGUCGCACAUUUGCAAACUUAGAAUAUAUUAUUUACAUGUAUAUUUUGAUUAUAUAUUUGAAUUUUUUUAUUUUUUUAUUUAAGUUUGUUUGUUACUGCAAUUUUUAUUUCAUUUUUACUUUAUGUAUUUUUUGUUUUAUUUUGCAAAACUAUUUUUUUGUCAUUUUGCAGUUUCAUUACAGGCUUGUCAUUAAAUACACCUUUACUCUGUAUACUUUAAUUGGAGAAACUUUCGCGAGUGAAACUUUCGCGAAUUCGCAAUUUUUCCCCUUGUUCGCGAAAGUUUAUCUCGCAAAAAUUUCGCGAAUUUUUUUCUUGCGAAAGUUUCUCCAAUUAAAGUAACUCUUUUCUUAGUGUGUUAACAUGGUCUUAAAACUAAGGCCACGUGACACGCAUCUUGAGUUGUUGUCACAUCUAACCGAACAAAAUGAUCGCUUCGAUACAAAUAGUUAAAUGAUUUUGAUUGGAUGUUGCGACGGCAUCUUGCAAACAAACGAAGGCGUUUCUUCUCGAUAAAUUAGCUGGCAAACUUUUAAAUUCUGUACACCUUUUAGUUUCGAGGAUUUUCUGCCAAAUGAUUUCCAUGUGUGUGAGCAUGGUCCGAAACUAACCUAAUAUAUAUCUUCUCUUUGUUUGUCAAAUCUGACCUCUCUUUAAAACCGAGGUUUAAUAAAUAUGUGUAAAAUUAUUCAAGCUUAGAGCGAUAAAUUUCACAUUUCAAAAAACUGAAACUCGGAAAAAGUCGUCACUAGUUUCUAUAAUUUUGAUUUUUUUAUUUAUUAAUUUUGGAUGCUUUUUUUUAAUCUGAACCAACAUUGUACUCAGGUGGGAAUUUUUUAAAUAUUUAAUGUGUGACCUGGGUCCAAAGUUGGUUGAAAAUAUAAUUUGAUGUGUAAUAUCUUGUGAAAAAUAAAUAUUUGAAAGCAA